AUGGACCUACAGCAGUACAAGCUAGAGCGUCAUGAACGGUUUUUGACUGCAAACCUAUCAGAGGCACAAGCUAAGUUCAAUGCCGAACUAGCCAGCAUGACUUUCAAAGAAAGACAGAAGCACUUCAAUGACAUGAUGGGAUGGUCACUGGAAACACCUUAUUCAAGAGAGCUGUAUAAUAACCCCAAGGAUUUCAGGUUGGUAAGGAGGCUCAGAGCAACUGAGAUGAUUCGAAUGGUAUUCGGCUAUCACUGCACUCCACGCUCAAAAAAGGAAUGGGUACCCAAGCUGCAAGCCCGGCUUCGAGGCAGCAAUAUGAGAGACGUCAGGCUCAUCUGCGUUGACACUGACAAGGUCAGGAGGCUGCCCCAGAAACUGGAGGGGGAGUGGAAGAAACGGAUCACGUCCUUCCAUCUCGGCGUGGCUAUACUGGACACCAGGGAUAUGCGAGACGUCAUCAAGAAUCGAUACAAACUGGAUAACCCAUCAGAUCUCAUUCGAACUUAUCAGUUUGCCGUCCAAGACAGCGUGCCCGAAGUGGAACAUUUCUGUUUUGGUGACACAGAGGCUAUAUCUGUAGAAGACCUGAGGCGCAGAUUUGUCGAGUGGCAGGAAGGAAGAGAUGUAAUUGGCGUUGCAUACUCGGUUCACAAUGACUUUUCCGUCUUGAAACACUUCGACAUCUACCUGAACCACAAAUUCUGGAUCGAUGUGGCCCAAGCACAAUACAUCCCCCUUCAAAUCGCGUCUUCACAAUCGCUGGCAGUUAUGAUGAACAGACUGAGGAUUCGCUACCAUGGCAAGCUCCACAUACCAGGAAACGAUGCGCACUACACCAUGAGAGCUUUACUUGGAACGGCAGUUUUGGAUUUCUAUCGCGAGUGGUCUCAUUGGGGAAAUGGACUGGCAGAUAUCCCACCCUGGUACGACCUAGCUACAAAAAUUGCUCGGGCUGAAGUCCCCAGAAAAGAACGACGUGUUCGAAAGUAA